AAGAAGAAUGGCACUGCUAACCAUAUUACUUAUGUCAUAUUAUUUCCUGUCUGCAGCUGAAGGUGAAAAACUGGAAAAGCCAUCCAUACGUAUUAUAACUGAGGGUUCGGCACACAUUGACAGCAGAGUGACGAUCGAGUGCAGCAGCAGCAGAGACACACUAACAGGCUGUGUGUUCUAUAGAAAUCAUGGAAACCCAGCACUUCAUCUACCUAACCCUGGUACUCAGUAUGUCAUUGAGAGAGCUAAAGAAGAGCAUGAAGGGUUCUAUACCUGUGAGUGUUACAAUAGUGCUAACGAAUACACAGAGACAAGUUUCCGUGUUCCCUUAAUCCUAAAUGAAAUGAGCAACUCUAAGUCUUCACACUCUGAAACUUCACUGAAAAAGGAAGUUCAGCUGAUGUCAGCCACACUACGUGAACUAUCUGUCAAAAUGGACAGACUUACAGACAACCUUGAAAAUCUAAAAGUCAACUGUCAGAAACAGACUGAUUUCCUUAAUGAAAUCUUGCAGCAGCAACAAUCAAAAAUAUUGGAUAUGGAAACUUCUCUAAGUGACAUAGAUGAAAGACUUAAGAAAGAUGAAACUCACUGUGAAUCUCUUUUACAGCAGAAUACCUGGCUAAUCAAAUAUCAUAAAAUUGAAUAA